AUGGCUGUUCCAGCAGAACAGCCUCCUUCACUUGGAUUGGAAACACCGUUUGUGAAAGAACUACAGUCCAGGCUUCUCCACUCCCUUGGACUCAGAGUUGAGAAUGUCCCCGAACCACCUGGCUUCAUUCGAGGCCAGAGCGCUAAAAUCGCGGUUCUCUUCUCAGUUACAGCUGCGGCUGCAAACUCCAAGAAUCGAAACUCAUCCUCUCCCUUGCCAUUACCAUCCACCUCCGUCUACGAAGCAUGCCCAGACCGAAUGACCGGCCGCUCAGCAUAUGCAGAGCUCCAAAAGACCUGUUCAGGUCGUACAUGGCGCUUUGUGGCCAUUGACAUCCCAUAUUCUGAGACACUCGCCCACCGAGAUCUCGUAAAGCGCCUGAUGAGACCACAUAACACUGAAAUGGAUCUGUCCAUCGCAUGCGCUCUGUACUUUGCCUCUCGCGGCCAAGGCACAGUCCACACAUCCACAUCUUCAAACACCCCACCAACUCCCUACACAACCUCUGCCCGUGUUCUCCUCUCUGGGCUUGGUGCGGACGAGCUUUUCGCCGGCUAUGGCCGACAUGGCGUGGCCUUCAACCGGGACGGCUUUCGCGGCCUGGUAUCUGAAAUUCAUCUCGACGUGAGCCGGCUCGGCCAACGAAAUCUCGGCCGCGAUGACCGCGUGCUCUCCCACUGGGGCCGAGAGACUCGCUUUCCUUACCUGGACGAGGAUUUCGUUGGCUGGGUGCUCCGCGCCCCGGUCUGGGAGAAGUGCGGUUUCGGGCUUGCCUCGUUCGCGGAGAGUGAGACUGGAGAAGCACAAUCACUCCCGAACAUUGACGCAGAGAAAAUGUCACUCCGGCUUGUUGCGCUUCGGCUGGGCUUGGAAAGCGUUGCGCGCGAAAAGAAGAGGGCUAUUCAGUUCGGUGCUCGAACAGCGAAAAUGGAGAAGGGGCGGACAAAGGGAACUGAUGCAUUGAGCUAA